AUGGGUUCGUCAUUCUUUGCGGGAAUAGCUGUAAUGGUAGCUGCAUUUUGUGUAAAUCUUUUCGUUACCAAGUUCUCGACCAGAUAUCAAACUGCUUACAUGAAGCUAUAGGAUCAAAGAGUAAACCUAACAACAGAAUGUUUAAAUAACAUCAAAAUGCUUAAGCUCUAUUCUUGGUAAGAAGCUUUUGAAAAGAUGAUUGAGUAGAAAAGAUCUGAAGAGUUGGCUGUUCUAUGGAAAAGAUUUACAGUCAGUUGUAUUAACUCUACAUCUUUAUACUUCUUUCCAUCAAUAUUAGGUGCUGCUGUAUUUUCAACUUAUAUCGGUAGUGGGAAUACUCUUGACCUUAGUGUCGCUUACACAGUUAAUACUAUAUUUAAUUUGAUAAAGUUCGAAGAGGAAGACAAAAAUUCAAUUAAGAUUUAGGAAGGAAAUUUCCAUUGGGGUAUUUUGAAUAAAAAGGAGAAGGAAGAAUUGUAAAAGAAAUAGCACAAAGGGAAAAAGGGAAAAAAGGGAAUAGAGAAUAAAGCAAAUGAGUAAAAAUAAGAAGACAAUUAAUAGCUUUUAAAUGAACUAGAUGAUAAAAGAACAACAAGCUAAUUUCUAGCAAUUAAAAAUUUGAAUAUUGAAUUCAGACAUGGAGAAUUUACCUGUAUCAUAGGAGAUGUGGGUUCUGGUAAAAGUACACUUUUGAGUGCAAUAAUUGGAGAUUUGCUUUACCUUGAUCCUCAAUUUAUGAUGGUCUUUAAAGAUGAGCCAUUAAAUGAGAGAAUAAUAGAGACUAUUAAGUAAGAUUCCUCGAAACUAAUUGUCAAUAAGGAGCCUCCUAUCAUCCUAUCAGAAAAUGUAGCUUAUGUUUAGUAGAAUCCAUGGAUUUAAAAUAAAACCAUCAGAGAAAAUAUUCUUUUUGGACAAGAAUAUGAUGAGGAUAAAUAUCAAGAAACUAUAGAUAUUUGUUAACUCAGCCGAGACUUAGAAAUUUUACCAUCAGGUGAUCAGACUGAAAUCGGUGAAAAAGGUAUUAAUCUAAGUGGUGGUCAAAAAGCAAGAGUUAGCUUAGCAAGAGCUGUCUAUUCUGACAGAGCAAUCAUGCUGAUGGAUGAUCCUAUCUCUGCUUUAGAUGCAAAUGUCAAAAAGAAAAUAUUCAAAAAAGUCUUUAUGGAAAAGUUCAAAAACAAGACUAGAUUAUUAGUUACUCAUGCAAUUGAUUUCAUUCAUCUUGUAGACAGAGUUAUUGUACUGUCUAAGGGAGAAAUUGUUUUAGAUGGGAAUUAUACUGAUGGAGCAUAAUCACAUGCUAUCAAUGAGGAAGUGAAAUAUGAGAAUCCUUACAAUAAAAAUUAGUCAGAUGGCAGAACUUCAUUUUCAUCCCAAGAUAGUGACUCAGAAAGUAUUGAUAGUUAAAGUGACUCUGUCUAAGAUAUUGAAAGUGGAAGUGAAAAUGAAAAUGAAGAAUUAAAGGAGGGUCAAAAGAAAAAAAGAAAGAAUAAGUAAUAUAGAACUUUCUCAUUCACAACUCUUACUGAUGAAUAAAAAGGCAAAAUAAUUUCAGAUGAAAACAUCGAAGAGACAAAAGUCGGCUCUGGAGUUUAUCGUAAAUAUGUCAAUUACUUAGGAGGCUGGAAGAUAGUUGUAUUGUUAUUAUUCAUAUUCGUAAUAUUCACUGUGGCGAGAAUACUUGCUGAUUUACAAAUUGGCAAUUGGGCUUCAUCAACCAAGCAGAAGUCGGAAUUCUCUUAUUAUUGUGGGUUAACUUUCAUGUAUGCCUUCUUAUAGUCAGCAUUUGAAUUUCUUAGAGUUUCUACACUUUAAUAUAGAUCUUGGCUUGCUUCUAAAAAAAUUCAUAAAGACAUGAUCAAAACAGUUUUAAAUGCCCCUAUUAACCUCUAUUUCGAUGUGACUCCAAUUGGUAGAAUAUUGAAUAAAUUUUCAAGAGAUCUUUAAGUAAUUGAGUUGUAACUUUCUUGGCAGAUUGGCCCAUUUUUUGUCUUACUCUUCAAUUCCCUUAGCAUUAUGACUGUUUCAGCAAUUGUAGUUCCUUGGAUAGUUAUUUUGAUCGUUCUUUUAUCUUUGGUAGCAGUUAGGAUUUACACUCAAGUUAUAAAUUCUUUUAAAGAAAUGACAAGAAUAGAAAGUCUAACAAAAAGCCCACUUUUGAGUUUUAUUGGGGAAAGCUGCUCAGAUAUUAUGGACUGUUAAGCUAUAUGCACUUGUUGGCUAAAGAAUGGUAAGUGUAGACAGAUGCUUUAAAUUACUGGAAAUUCCCUAAGAAAAUGA